AACGAAGCGAAAUGCUAAAGCUGCUGAAGCGGAACUUCGGGAUAUUACUAUUUCUAGGGGUGACCUUGGUCAGGUGUGACUCAAGCCAGGAUUCCCACGUGAGAGUGAAACGCAUUGUGGGCGGGAAGCAGUCGAAAGCUCCGCCCGUGGAUGAUCCGGUGGUUUUCGCGCGUCUCUUCAACCGCGAUGCCCGGGUGGAGGGCAUCCGGAAUCCCUCUACGGGUGUCUACAGUUUCUUGGGCAUCCACUACGCCGAGCCCCCGGUGGGCCAGCUGCGGUACUCCCGUCCGGUUUACAAGAGACUAGCCGGGGAUAUGAAUGCCACGCGUCACGGUCCCCCCUGCAUCCAACCGCAUCCCCAGCAGCCCCAGAGAAUCAUCGGAGAUGAGGACUGCUUACUCCUCAACAUUUACACUCCCCAGAUGCCGGACGAGAGCUCGGGUCUGCCAGUCUUCGUGUGGAUCCAUCCGGGGGGCUAUCGCUACGGUUCUGCCAACCAGUACGAUGCCACGCCCAUGUCCCAGAGGGGCGCCAUUGUGGUGGCUCCCCAGUACCGGCUGGGAUCUCUGGGCAUCAUGGGCGAUGGAACAAAGCAGUUUGACGGAAACCUGGCCAUGUUCGACCUGGCAGCAGCCCUCCGCUGGGUCACCGACUACAUCAGCUACUUCGGAGGCAAUCCCAAGCAGGUCCAGGCCAUUGGUCAUGGCUCGGGAGCGGCCAGUGCCAUGUAUCUGUCCAUGUCCAAGACAGCCAAGAGUGGCGGCGAUGUCCACGGGGUGGUGGCCAUGUCGGGAACGGCUCUCUCCCAGUAUGCGAUGGACAAGGAGCCGGUCCAGAGUGUCCAGGAGGUGGCCAAGAUCAACGGGUGUCCCGGUGGCAAUGAGCUGGAGAUAGUCAAGUGCAUGAGGGGGAAAAGUGCCGUGGAAAUUAUUAAAAAUGAUGAAAAAGUUCAAACCGAACGGUUGGCGGGUCGGGCUCUCGUCAAGGGACUCACCGGAAACGUGGGCUUCCAGCCCCAUGUGGAGUCGGAGGAGGAUGGUCGCGGACUGCCAAGCAUCAUUAUUGGAGAACCAGAACAACAGCUCAACAACUCCAACUUUGAGGGAAUUCCCUUGUUAACAGGAGUCACCAAACACGAGACGGCCAAUUCGGUGUCGGUGGAAACAAUCGACAAGGUCUUUGGAUCGGCAGAGCAAUUUCUGGGCUCCCUCAGUGAUUCCCUCAACAAGCUGACCAGUUUCCUGAAAAUAGACCAGUUAACUGGGGAAAUAGCCAAGCCCCAACUUCCGGGACUCACCAGUGUGCUGACACCCACACUGCAAGAUGUGUGGAAAGUGCCACAGACUCUGAAUCUGGAUCAGGUUCUCUCGAAGGUGAUAGAGUCCACUACGGAUGUACUUUUCAACUUACCCGCUGUCCUGACCACCCAGGUGUGGUCCAAAGUAGCUCCGGCCUUUAUGUACAGCUUUGAGUACAAUGGCACCAAGUCCAAAGGCAUCAACUUCCUCCGGGGCCUGCCCAUUGUUUCGGAGUCAGCGAAUGACAAGCCGGAGACAGUGGCCCAUGGCGACGAAAUCGGUUACAUGUUCGAUGCCAACGAUAUUUUCGGGAAUCCCCUGGUGGGGACUCGCCUGACCAGCUCGGAGGAUCUCAAAGUGCGCCACAACCUCAUCGAUCUCUUGGUUCAGUUUGCCAACAGAGGCAAGGAUAAGGGCAACAAGGGUGGCUCAUCCCUUUUCCAGAGUGUCACGGGAAAGGGUACUCCUUUCAUAAAGAUCGACACCAAGUUGGAGACCUCCAAUGAUUUCCGCUUCUGCGAAUUGUCCGUUUUGGGUGCCUCCCUCUCGCCUCUGAGCUCCACAACCUGUGAGGGUCUGGGCAACGUUUUGGGACAACUGGGCGGAGGACUGGGCCAGACAGUGGGCGGAUUGGGUAGCUCUUUGGGAUUAGGCGGCCUUGUGGGAGGAGGCGGUAAAGGUGGCUCUGCUGGAGGUAGCCCUGGAAGAGGCAAGAGGCCUGGCGGUCUCGGCUUGGGGAUUUUAUAAUAUUUUGUAUUGAGUUUGAAAGACGAUAUUUUAAUAAAGAAA